GGUCCCUCCCUGCAGAGCGGAGGAGAGCGGAGCUGAAGGUCACAGCAGGAGUAUCCUCAUCGUCACUAAUUCCUCCGUUCAUCAAACAAUACAUUGAUUAAUCAGCUGAUCGGGGCCAUCAGCUGCACGCGGAGGAGAGCGUCAUGAUGUGAGACCGGAGAACGGACAUCCAUCUGCUGCAUCCCUGCCUGUCUCACUGCUGCCUGUCUGUCUGACUGAUUCUCCACCAGCAGCCUCCAGCUCCCCCACCUCUUCUCUCUCCUCCACCUGCCUGUUUGUUUCUCUCCGCCUGUCUCUCUCUCUCUCUCUCUCGUGUCGCCGUCAUGGGGAACCGGGGGAUGGAGGAGCUCAUCCCGCUGGUUAACCGGCUCCAGGAUGCCUUUGCCUCCAUCGGCCAGAACUCGAACCUCGACCUGCCACAGAUCGCGGUGGUGGGCGGGCAGAGCGCCGGGAAGAGCUCCGUGCUGGAGAACUUCGUGGGCAAGGACUUUCUCCCCCGUGGCUCUGGCAUUGUGACUCGCCGCCCCCUGGUGCUGCAGCUUAUCAACUGUCCAACAGAAUAUGCAGAGUUCCUGCACUGUAAAGGGAAGAAGUUCACAGAAUUUGAUGAAGUUCGUCAGGAGAUUGAAGCUGAAACUGAUCGUGUCACUGGAGCAAACAAAGGAAUCAGUCCAGUCCCCAUAAACCUUCGAGUCUACUCACCACAUGUGUUGAACCUGACCCUGGUGGAUCUUCCUGGGAUGACAAAGGUGCCUGUUGGAGACCAGCCGGCAGACAUUGAGUAUCAGAUCAAAGACAUGCUCAUGCAGUUCAUUACCAAGGAAAACUGCCUCCUAUUGGCUGUGUCCCCUGCCAACUCUGAUCUGGCCAACUCUGAUGCACUAAAAGUUGCCAAGGAGGUUGACCCACAAGGUCUGAGGACCAUUGGUGUGAUCACCAAAUUGGAUCUGAUGGAUGAAGGAACCGACGCCAGAGACAUUUUGGAGAACAAACUGCUGCCACUACGCAGAGGAUACAUUGGGGUGGUCAAUCGCAGUCAGAAGGAUAUUGAUGGGAAGAAAGACAUCAACGCAGCUCUGCAGGCAGAGAGGAAGUUCUUCCUUUCACACCCGUCAUACCGACACCUGGCUGACCGCAUGGGCACCGCCUACCUGCAGAAAAUCCUCAACCAGCAACUGACCAACCAUAUCCGAGAUACACUGCCAGGGUUGCGCAGCAAACUGCAGAGUCAGCUGCUGUCCAUCGAGAAGGAGGUGGAGGAGUACAAGAACUUCAGACCAGAUGACCCAGGGCGCAAGACCAAGGCCCUGUUGCAGAUGGUGCAGCAGUUUGCUGUGGACUUUGAGAAGCGAAUUGAAGGAUCUGGAGAUCAGGUGGAAACCUACGAGCUUUCUGGGGGAGCGAAGAUCAACAGAAUUUUCCAUGAGCGUUUCCCCUUUGAGCUGGUCAAGUUGGAAAGUGAUGAGAAGACUCUGCGAAAAGAGAUCAGCUAUGCGAUCAAAAACAUACAUGGAAUCAGGACCGGUCUCUUUACACCUGACAUGGCUUUUGAGACUAUCGUGAAGCGUCUGAUUGCUCAGAUCAAGGAACCAUGUCAGAAGUGUGUUGAUAUGGUGAUCAGUGAGCUGGUCAACACUGUGAGGCAGUGUACACAGAAGCUGGCUCAGUAUCCAAUGCUCAGAGAGGAGAUGGAGAGAAUCGUCACUCAGCACAUCAGAGACCGAGAGAGUCGCACCAAAGACCAGGUGAUGCUCCUGAUUGACAUUGAAUUGUCCUACAUUAACACAAACCAUGAUGACUUCAUUGGCUUUGCAAAUGCUCAGCAGAAGAGCAGUCAGAUCAAGAAGAAAGCGGCAGGAAACCAGGACGAGAUCAUGGUGAUCCGCAAAGGCUGGCUUACCAUCAACAACAUCGGUAUCAUGAAGGGAGGAGCUAAAGAGUACUGGUUCGUCCUGACUGCUGAGACACUGUCCUGGUACAAAGAUGAUGAGGAGAAGGAGAAGAAGUACAUGCUUCCUGUUGACAACCUGAAACUCAAAGACAUUGAGAAGAGCUUUAUGUCCAGCAAACAUAUCUUUGCCCUGUUCAACACUGAGCACAGGAAUGUGUAUAAAGACUACCGUCAGCUGGAGCUGGCCAGCGAGUCUCAGGAGGAGGUGGACAGCUGGAAGGCUUCUUUCCUUCGAGCAGGAGUCUACCCUGAACGCAGCGUGGACAAAGAGAAGGUGGAGACUGAGGAGGCGAGUGGAGAUGGGCAAAUCCACAGUAUGGAUCCUCAGCUGGAGCGACAGGUUGAGAUCGUCAGGAACCUGGUGGACUCUUACCUGUCCAUCAUCCAUCGCACUGUCAGGGACCUCAUCCCCAAGACCAUCAUGCAUCUGAUGGUCAACAAUACAAAGGAUUUCAUCCACUCUGACCUGCUGGCUCAUCUCUACUCCUGUGGAGACCAGAACAGCCUGAUGGAGGAGUCCCAGGAACAGGCAAUGCACCGUGAUGAGAUGCUGAAAAUGUAUCAUGCUUUGCGCGAGGGCCUCAGCAUUAUCGGUGACAUCAGCACCUCUACCAUCACCACAGCAAUGCCUCCACCUGUGGACGACUCCUGGCUGCAGGUUACAGGGAUGCCGGGGCGCAGUCGGUCCCCCAUGUCAAGUCCGACUCCCCAGCGUCGAGCCCCUCCUGGUCCUCCCCGUCCAGGUGGCCGUGCCGCCCCAUCUCGCCCUGCAGUGUCUCCCGACCCUGGACCCCCGCCCUCUGUUCCCUCUCGACCCAAUAGAGCACCCCCACCUGGAGUCCCCAGAAUCUCUAUCAGUGACCAGUGAGGAGUUCACCAAUGUCGUCCCAAUAAAGGUAGCCCUGCCCAUGGAGAGAGCCCCCAGUCUUCUAUUGAGGGUUAACCUGAACUGAGUGUGUUUGUGUCUCUACUGAACUGUUCUACUGUUCUCUACUGAUGCUGUGUUACUGUGACCCUUACUAGUAAUAAUAAUGAAAAAAUAAAUAUAUCAAUUAUCAGCACAUUAUGACUAUAUAGCAAAAGAUCAGCAAAACACCACUGCAAUAUUGAGUGUAUAGAUAUGUUGUCCAGCUCACAGUCUACUGUAAGGAAAGACGGGCCAGCUGCCUGCCUGUCAGCCUCCUAACAGUCUGUCAUAUCACAUCAAACAACAGUGACAGAAAUGUGAUGUGUCAGCAACUAUCAGGUUUCUAGCAUACUGUAGAAGACUCCAGUGAUGCUGUAGAAGUGAAGAUCUCUCACUCCUCUUUGGAUAUUCAGGCUGCUCUGGGAUCAACACGACUUCAGGUAGCUAGCUAGUUAGCAAGUUCGCUAGCUCCAUCAACUCCUUGAUAUUAAAUUAUUUUUCUGUUUAUUUUCUUUGUGUGAAGCAUAUGAGAUCUUUUUAAUUGAUACAGAAAUGUUUCAUUUUUUUUCUUUACAGUGUAAAGUUUACAUUUUGUUUGAACUUAUUUAUUUAUUGAUCUAUUUAUUGAUUUAUUUAUUAUAUGCCUUUCUGUUUAAUAUGGCAUUAUUUAUGUGAGCUGUGAUCUUGUACACAAAAUGUUUCCCACCAAAAAUACCCAGCAUUGUUAGCUUUCACCAAUGUAAACCUACUGUGUGUGAAUCCACUGUACUCUGCUCUAUUCUUGUCUGCUAAAUCUUGUAACUACAAUUGGCUUCAACCUGCUCCAAAGUGGUAUCUUGCUCCAGUCAACCAGCGCUGACUGAUACAGCAGCUACCAGCUGGACCUUACUGGUUCCAUCUAGUAAAGGUUGAUUGUAAAUUAUUCCAGUUUUUUCUAUUUGGUUAUAACUGGUCCUUCUGGCUCCCACUGGAUGCAAUGCAGUCUUGCUGUUGCUUGUUGUAACUGGCACCAAUUUGCAAAAGACUGAUUUUGAAAAGAUAUAACCAACAACUGUUUCAAAGUCACUUAGUGGAUGUGCCACACUUGAGUCCGGUAUUUCCUUCCUAAGUAGUAGUCACUGCCAGCUUUAUUGAAUGGAUUAUGAUUUAUCCUUUCCAUCCAUAUUGUUAUAUAUUUUUUCAUUUAAUGGAAUCAUUGUCUCUGUGCAAACUGGAACUUGUCUUUAUGUUUGACUCAUUUACACAAAAUACUGAAUUCUUUACAGGAAACUUAAGGAUAUGAUCAGGAAAUGGUAAAAUCAAGCAUCAAUUCUGGACAUGAUUUGUAACAGAUUUCCAUAGAAUCCAAUGGUUUGUUUCACUGGUUUUGUAACUUAAGUUGAAAUGUUAUAUGUUCUUUAUUGGAGCUUUAUUUAUUAAUAUUUUUAAUGGCUGCUAACGGAGAUCUGAUGAAUGACUCCAGGAGGUGAAAGUGUCGUGAAAGGAAAUUUUGCAGACAGCGAUCUGUCCUGCAGACAAACGUUAAUGUUCUUUAAAGAGACACACCAGCUGUUAGAUUUUAUCUGUUGACUGUAUGUGAAGAUUUUGCUGAACAACAGACUGUACAACUCUAAUCUAUAACUGCUGAUCUAUUUAUUCAACAUGUGUAUGUGUAUAAUGUUCAUGAUGUAGUGAUUAUGUCGAGUUAGCUGAGCCCUGAGCUGCAUUCAACAUCGCACAUGCUCCUCAGUGUUAGCAGAGUGUGUGAAGUGUCUUCAUGUGUUCAGAUUACUGUCAGCAUGGUAGUUAUCCUCUGAUUUAAAGUAAACAUGUUUCUGAAUGUUUAGUAACAAACAGUAAAGUGUUUCAAAUGUUGCUCUGCAGUAAUGUGUUGAAUGCAGCACAGCCUCACACAAACACACAAAUCUGUGAUAGUGGAUAGUUCACUCUGUAUGAUAUCAAUAUAAAUGUAAUGUUUACAGAAUAUAUGAAGAUAAUAAUGAACCAUAUAUAUGUGAGAAACAUAUAUAUAGAUCUAUUCAACUGAAAUAUGCAGUGGCCCAGACUGUAGUGUACAUGUGUGUAAUAGUGUGUAUGUAUGUGUGUAGUUAUGUUAUAUAUCUUAGUGUUGUGUGAUCAGGGCCAAGAGAGACAUGUUAAAUAAAGUUUGAGUG